GGAUGCUGGAGAAAUGGUUCGUUGCCUUGUUGGUGGUUUGGAACUUAUUGUCAAUUUACUGAAAUCAGAUAAUAAAGAAGUUUUGGCAAGUGUAUGUGCUGUUAUUACCAACAUUGCAAAAGAUCAAGAAAAUUUAGCUGUUAUUACAGAUCAUGGAGUUGUCCCUUUAUUGUCCAAACUAGCAAAUACAAAUAAUGAUAAACUGAGGCGUCAUCUAGCAGAAGCUAUUUCACGUUGCUGUAUGUGGGGCAGAAAUAGAGUGGCCUUUGGCGAGUACAAAGCAGUGGCUCCAUUAGUGCGUUAUCUGAAAUCAAAUGAUGCCAACGUACAUCGAGCAACAGCUGAAGCCUUGUACCAGCUCUCAGAAGAUGUAGAUAACUGCAUCACCAUUCACGAGAAUGGUGCGGUAAAGAAUAAAAGUCCAAUCCCUAAGCCUGUCAUAUUUAAGCUACUGCUGGGUAUGAUUGGGUCUUCUGACCAGGACCUCCAGGAAGCCGCAGCUGGAUGUAUAUCCAACAUACGCAGACUGGCUCUUGCUAUAGACAAGGCAAGAUACACUUGAAAUGUGCACAGACGUUACAAACUACCAAAUUUUACAUGACAGGGAACAUGUCAGUCCCAUGGCCAAGAAGCCUAGAUCAGGAAGCAUGUUGAGCAAAUGUUUUACAGACAGAUAAAUGUCUGAAUGAAAACACAGGAAUUAAAAAUGCAAAGGAUACUCUUCAUCCAAAAAUUGCAUAGAUAUUUUUGUUCUAUUUAAUAUUUUGGGGAUAUGCCAUGUAAUGAAAUGUAAAGCUAAUAAAAUUGUGAUACUUUUGUUUGUGAUGAUUUUAAUAAAAGAUAUGGCCUUCCUGGUGUGCA